GCAGGAGGAACUCAGCUGGUGUGUGGCAGCACGUGACAGGAGCCGAGUACAGGGUCAAUAUCAGGCUGGAUUCGCCACAAAGCUGAAGCUCAAAGAUGGAUCAAUACCGACUGUUCGUGACCAAAAUUCAGAGUUGAAUUCCGGUGUGCGUACACAGACGUCUUCAUCAGGUGUCCAGUGCACUGCUGUGAACGCUGAAUCAUCUUCUCAUCUUCUCUCACUACCUAUAUUCUCAGGAACUACAAGCAACGUUUCCCAGUUGCCUCCACCAGCUAAACUGAAUGGCAGUUUAUGCAGUGUAAUAUCUGUGGAUCGCCUGAAUGAAAGCCUCCACCAAGAGACUGAAUUAAACUCAGCAGCAACAUCAAAAUCAGACGAAAGCAGGGGGGAAAAAUGUACUCAGGCAAAGACUAUAGUGAAUGACAGCUGCUUGAUGGAGCUGUUCAAGAAGUGUCAGACCUGUGGACACACCAUAACCAAAAAGAAAGUGUCUCACUGUGGGGCGCAGACGAAGGUAAGGUGGAGCUGCCUCAGUGGACACAAGGGUGUUUGGAUGUCAUCACCCUAUCUGUGGGAGGCGUUUCCAGAAAUCCACCUUCUUAUAGCUCUUUCCAUUCUUUUUUCUGGAGGCACCUUUGCACACUUCAGAAAAUGGGCUAAACAUCUGCACCUGAAUUUCAUGGACCUUAAAACCUUUCUUGAUGUUCAAAAGACACACAUCAGCCCAGAAAAAAGACAGAAGAACAGAAAAGUGCAGGAAGAAAUCUUGGCAAAGGAGAUCCACCAACAAUCUGACGGCUCCCUGCGUCACAUUUCAGAUUCCCUGAAUAAAAUGAAGGCCAAGAGAAGACAGAAGAGAGCUCUAUCAUCACGGUCCAGUUCUGAAAAAGGAUCCUCAGUGUUAAAGACAACUGCUGAAACUUCUAUUCAAGAGUCGUCUGCAUUAUCAGGUCUCGGACGUGUGUCAGACCAUGAAAGUGAACAACGCUAUGAAGAUGAGGCUGAACAUCAAAGUGACUCUUUGCAAACAAUGCAUACAGCAUCAGAAACGACCUUUUCCCUGGACAGUGUUGAGGAGAUGGAGAUCACCAUUGACGACAAAAGGGACAGUAUGAAGAAUAUAAAAUCAGAAACAACUGACCUGAGGAUUGCAGGACCCGAUGGCAGUGAUGAAGAUGUCUACGUACCAAUAAUUCCUCAGAGAUCCACAGCAUCUGAACUCUUACUGGAAUGUGAAGAGGAGGAGCUGGAGCCGUGGCAGAAAAAAAACUCACUACAGAAAGUUAAAGUCAAAGAUGAACCUGAGGAUUUAGCUAAUGACCAAACAGAGUGUAAACCAGAGUCUUCACCUCAUCAGGAAGAUGCAGUGAAUACUUCAACACCUGACCUGAAAACAGAAACUACACAGUUUGUUUUCAACAACCAAGGCUUCAUUGUGGCGCCACAGUUAACAAGGAGCACUGACUUCAAUCUCGGGACACAGUGCCUUGCUGGGACGUCGUUCGCAAUAGUGCCAGCUGUUCAGCAGCAACUCUUCCAGAAAGUGGCUGCAGCCACAGCAACACCUGAACCCUGUGGUGUUGUUCACACUCCUGAGGUGCAUCAAAUCAGCAACAAUCCUGUGUCAUUGUCCAGUGUCCUGAGUCCUGCAGUAUUUGCAUCAUCAUCAUCCAACCAACAGCAGGUGGAACAGUCCAAGUCACAGAUUCUCUCUGUCCCCUUUUCUCUGCCUUGCUUUAUUGUACUUGAACUUCAAUCAACUGGCACUUCAGAAAACAAUGAAUGACACAUUGAAGCGUAAAGAAAACACAAUCUAAGAGCUGGAAUGGGUGACUUCAUAAGUUGUCUCGUGUGAAUGUGUUUUAUCACUUGCUCAAAUUAAUAUUAUGCCAACUAUUUGCACUUUGAAGCAUCUAUGCAGGUGUGACAUGAAGAAAUCUGCAGCACAAAACCUGUUACCUCUUUUUCUAAGCCCAAAUAAAAAUAAAUUCUAUUUCCGUUAAAACCAGAAUGUCAGUUAAAUUCCACCUCAAAAAUGAAGAUUUUUAAUGAUUUGUCAUUUUCACUUGAAUAAAUUCUUUUGUUAAAAUUCA